UAAAUGGAUCUGUUUUUAUGUUUAACCAUUUACUUUAUUGUAAAAAUAUGAGAUCAACUUGAAUACAAUGAAGAACAAUAAAGAGAAUACGAAAAUAUUGUAGAGAAAAUAAAGAGAGAAACUUAAUUACUUUAGUCUUCACAAUUGUGACUACAAGAAAUUAUAGAAGCUAAAAUGAAAAUAAAUAUAUGUUUUUACUAUUCUUCCGCAUCACUAUUCAUCCGCGGUUACUAUUCACUUCUUCACUUUAACAUUUAUAGUGUAACAUAAACAUUAUCUUACCUUGGCAGGUUACUAAAGUGGGAAAGAUAUUCACAGAGCAUCAAGACAUUGCUUUAGAUUUCAAACCAACGAAACAAGAGGUGAAGACAGCAUACAUGAAUGUCCUCCUCAGGGUCAUUAAAACACUCAAUAAGCCUCCAAAGAGCCUUUCAGAGACUAGACUUAACAAGGCUAGCAGCGAGUUGAGUGAGCUGAUGGACGUAGGUUUCAAGCUGGACUGGCUGAAGUCAAAGCUUGAGGAGGUUUCUUUGGAGAGGAAGAAACCAGAUGUUGAUGGGUCUCAGGUCCAACAACUCGAGGAACGUGUCAAGCAUCUUCAGCUGAAGCUUGAUGAGGUUUCUUUGGGGAAGAAGUUAUCAGAUGAUGAUAAUGAGUCUCGUUCCCAAGAAGUAGAGGAACGUGUCAAGCAUAUUGAGCUGAAGCUUGAUGAGGUUUCCUUUGUGAGAAGUUAUCAGAUGAUGAUAAUGAGUUUCGUGCCCAACAAGUAGAGGAGCGUGUCAAGCAUAUUGAGCUGAAGCUUGAUGAGGUUUCCUUGGGGAGGAAGUUAUCAGAUGAUGAUAAUGAGUCUCGUGCCCAACAAGUAGAGGAGCGUGUCAAGGAUCUUGAGCUGAAGCUUGAUGAGGUUUCCUUUGGGAGGAAGAAAGCAGAUGAUACUAAUGAGUCUCGUGCCCAACAAGUAGAGGAACGUGUCAAGAAUCUUGAGCUGAAGCUUGACGAGGUUUCCUUGGGGAGGAAGUUAUCAGAUGAUGAUAAUGAGUCUCGUGCCCAACAAGUAGAGGAGCGUGUCAAGGAUCUUGAGCUGAAGCUUGAUGAGGUUUCCUUGGGGAGGAAGAAAGCAGAUGAUACUAAUGAGUUUCGUGCCAAACAAGUAGAGAAACGUGUCAAAAAUCUUGAGUUGAUGGAAUUGGAACUUAAUAUGUGUUGGAAGCCGAAGCUUGAUGAGUUAGAGGGUAAGAAAACUGAUGAUGGUAUUAUCUUUGAACAAAUCGAGGAUCGUGUCAUGGGUAUAGAGUUCAAGCUGGACAGCUUGAAUACAAAGCUUGAAGAGAUCUCCAAAGAGAAGAAGAAAGCUGAUGAUGCUGAUGGUUCUCUGAUGUCUCGAGUUUUAACCCGAUUAUCUAACUGCAAGUGCACAGUAAAGUACGCAGUAGUAAUACGGGAUCGAAUCCACAGGGACCGAUGAUCACAC